AUGUCUGCGCAAGAGAACACCAAGGAGGGCAAGAAGAGCCUCAUUCUCAAUGCCUUUGUUGAGAUGUGUAGUGGGCACCAGUCGCCUGGACUCUGGCGUCACCCUGAUGAUCAGUCAUGGCGGUUCACAGACAUCGAGCACUGGACAGACCUCGCAAAGCUGCUCGAGGAGGCCAAGUUCCAUGGCGUCUUCAUUGCAGAUGUCCUAGGUGGAUAUGACGUCUACAAGAAAUCACUUGACCCUGCUAUCAUUUCAGGAGCUCAAUGGCCUGUCACGGAGCCUCUUUCGAUCAUCCCGGCCAUGGCCGCUGUGACAAAGAACAUCAGCUUCGGCGUGACAGUCUCAACAACCUACGAGCAGCCGUUUCACCUGGCUCGAAGACUGUCGACACUUGACCAUUUGACCAAGGGAAGGUUCAUUGUCACAAGCUACCUGGACUCUGCUGCUCGCAACCUUGGUCGACAAGAACAGCUAAGCCACGACGAACGAUAUGCCAUCGCUGAGGAGUACCUGGAAGUUAUGUACAAGCUCUUCCAAUCCUCUUGGCGCGACGACGCCGUCACGCUGGAUCGUGAGGCAGGUAUCUACACCGACCCGUCGCGCGUGCGAGAGAUCGGGCACAAAGGCAAGUACUUUAACGUCGCCGGCCCUCACAUCGUCCACCCCAGUCCCCAGCGCACGCCUCUUCUGCUGCAAGCUGGAGCAUCAAAGGCUGGCAAGCUCUUUGCUGCUCAGCACGCAGAGGCAAUCUUCACUUCGGCCCAUGCUCCUGCCGUGGCCAAGAAGAACAUUGCCGAGAUCAGGCAGACGGCCAAGGAUACUUUUGGCCGAACUCCAAGCAACAUCAAAGUUCUUGCGCUGGUCACUCCCAUUCUUGGACGCACUGAGGAGGAGGCAAAGGCAAAAUAUGACGACUACAAGCAGUAUGCUUCGCUCGAAGGAGCGCUGUCGCUGUUCGGAGGCUGGACUGGCAUGGAUCUGAACCAGUACGGUGAUGACGAGGAGCUCAGAGAGGUGGAAAGCAACGCUGUUAAAUCUACUGUUGAGGGCUAUGCUCGAUUCUCGCCUGUUAACUCGAAGUGGACCAAGCACACUGUGGCAGAGCAUGUAAGUCUCGGUGGCAACGGACCAUUAAUUGUCGGCACACCAGCCCAAGUCGCAGAUAGCCUCGAGGAAUGGGUUGCUGAAGCUGGCGUUGACGGUUUCAACUUUGGCUAUGUUCUAUUCCCGCAAUCCUUCAAGGACAUUUCUGAUCUCUUGAUCCCCGAGCUUCGAAGCAGAGGACUCUUCUGGGAUGACUACGCUGUUCCUGGAGGCACUUACCGCGAGAACUUCUAUGGCAUUGAGGGACAGAAGUACCCACUGAAGGAACAUGUUGCUUCGUCACACUUGUGGUCUGCUUCUGAAAAUUAA